AUGGAGUACUGCGGACUAGAGUACCAUCAUCUCGCUCACGAGACUGCAAUAAACGACAUCAAGUCUUCGUUUUACAUCAGUCGCCUCCGAGUGUUGUACAAAUCCGUGCCGAGUACAUGCCAACGAUGCAAGGUUAACAGUGCAGUUUCCCGACCACCCCAGAUGGCACCGAUUCCGAUAGCUAGAAUGGGAAGCAUCCAGAGACCGUUUACCUACACAGGCGUCGAUUAUUUUGGCCCGUUAUUGGUGAACGUUGGCAGGCGCAAGGAGAAGAGAUGGGUAGCUCUGUUCACCUGCCUCACGUUGCGCGCAGUGCAUUUUGAGAUCGCCUAUAGUCCUGACACAAGUUCAUGCAACAUGUGCCUCUCCAAUUUUAUGGCGCUUCGAGGGACACCAAAGGAAAUAUUCUCAGACAAUGGUUUGAACUUCAGAGCCACGGAAAAAGCCGUGCGAGAAGAUCUGAAAAAGAUCGAUAACGAUAAGAUCACCAUUAAGUUCGAUGGCAUAAAGUGGCGAUUCAACUCACCAGGAGCACCACACAUGGGUGGAGCAUGGGAAAGAUUCGUCCGGACAACAAAAGGAAUUUUGAAGAACAUUUGCCCAAAUUACUCCUUCAACGACGAGAGCCUGAGAAACGCAUUGAUGGAGGCACAAUUUAUCAUCAACUCGCGACCGCUUACGUUUGUAAGUCUGGACACUGAUUAUGACGCCGCUCUGACCCCGAACCACCUCCUGUUGGGGCGCAACAAAUGGUUUGAGAAGGUACCUCCAAUAACCAUUGGGAGCAUCGUAGUCAUCGUAGAUGAGCUCCUCCCCAGGAACCUGUGGUUAAAAAGACGAGUGACCGACACAAUGAUGGACAAGGACGGGCACGAUCGACGAGUGACUAUAAAGACCCAGCACGGCGUUUUGGAAAGACCAGCAACGAAGAUAGCGGUUUUGGACGUCGGCUUGGAGGAUGGAAACUGA